AUGGCGGUGGGUCGGAGGGAGAAGGGCAGCCAAUCAUCGUCCCGAGGGUCGCGAAUCGCGGCGGCGGUUGGGAUCGGAGUGGCUUUGGGAUGCGUGUUUGCGUUUUUGUUCCCCCAUGGAUUUUUCUCCUCCAAUCAGUUGACCCGCGUUCGUUCCCUUUCGAAUUCCAAUCUUCAGGUCGAUCCACCUGCUUGUGAGUCGACCGAGAAAAUAAACCGGCUCAAGUCCAGCGUCAUGACUUUAUCAGACAAGAAUGCCGAGUUGAAAAGGCAAAUCCGAGAAUUGAAUGAAAAGCUAAGAUUGGCCGAGCAGGGCAAGGAUCACGCGCACGAGCAGAUUCUCGUGUUGGGCGAAGAACCUCGCAAGGCCGGGCCUUUUGGCACUGUCAAGGGUUUGAGGACGAACCCUAGCGUCCUACCCGACGAGAGCGUAAACCCACGACUUGCGAAAAUCCUUUCAGAAGUUGCAGUUGGUAAAGAGCUCAUAGUUGCUCUGGCCAAUUCAAAUGUGAAGCCCAUGCUCGAAGUCUGGUUCACCAACAUUAAAAAAGUGGGCAUCACUAAUUAUUUAGUCGUGGCAUUAGAUGAUGAAAUUGUGGAUUUCUGCAAGUCGAACGAUGUCCCUUUUUAUAAAAGGGACCCAGACGAGUUUAUCGACUCCGUGGGGAAGACCGGCGGGAAUCACGCGGUCUCGGGACUUAAAUUUCGAAUCUUGAGGGAGUUUUUGCAGCUGGGCUAUAGUGUUCUUCUUUCGGAUAUCGAUAUCGUGUUUCUGCAGAACCCGUUUGAUUUCUUGUACAGGGAUUCUGAUGUGGAAUCGAUGUCGGAUGGACAUAACAACAUGACAGCUUAUGGGUUUGACGAUGUUUUUGACGAGCCGUCAAUGGGCUGGGCCCGCUAUGCCCACACGAUGAGGAUUUGGGUUUAUAAUUCUGGGUUUUUCUACAUAAGGCCCACAAUUCCAGCUAUCGAGCUUUUGGACAGGAUUGCGGGCAGGCUUGCUCGGGAGGCGAAAUCAUGGGAUCAAGCUGUUUUUAACGAGGAGCUGUUUUACCCUUCGCACCCCGGGUAUGUGGGCCUUCAUGCGUCCAAGAGGACUAUGGAUUUUUACCUGUUUAUGAACAGCAAGGUUCUUUUCAAGACUGUUAGGAAAGAUGGUAAUUUGAAGAAGCUGAGGCCAGUUAUUGUUCAUGUUAAUUAUCAUCCGGACAAGUUUCCGAGGAUGAAAGCUGUUGUAGAGUACUAUGUGAAUGGGAAGCAAGAUGCUCUGGAUCCGUUUCCUGAUGGGUCUGAGUGA